AAAUAGAUCUAAAAUGCAGCAACCCAAGCAACCCGUUGCCGCUCAGUUUAAGCUUGUGUUGGUGGGCGAUGGAGGUACAGGCAAGACGACGUUUGUGAAGCGCCACGAGACAGGCGAGUUUGAGAAGAAGUACAUCGCCACUCUGGGCGUGGAAGUGCACCCCCUAGUGUUCCACACUAACUUUGGAGGCAUCCAGUUCAAUGUCUGGGACACUGCCGGCCAGGAGAAGUUUGGAGGACUCAGAGACGGAUACUACAUCCAGGGCCAAUGUGGAAUUAUAAUGUUCGAUGUGACAUCGCGAGUGACUUACAAGAAUGUUCCCAAUUGGCACAGGGAUCUAGUGAGGGUGUGUGAGAACAUCCCAAUUGUGCUGUGUGGAAACAAAGUCGACAUCAAGGACAGAAAAGUCAAGGCCAAGAGCAUCACUUUUCACAGGAAGAAGAAUCUUCAGUACUAUGACAUCUCAGCCAAGAGCAACUACAAUUUCGAGAAACCGUUCCUCUGGCUGGCCAGGAAACUUUCGGGCGAGGCUGACCUGAACUUCACCGAGGCACCCGCCCUGCAGCCCCCAGAGGUCAAGAUGGACCCCCAGUUGAAACAACAGUACGAGGCAGAAUUAGCCGAGGCCAUCAAUGCGCAACUACCUGACGAGGACGACGAUGACCUCUAAAUGGACACGUGUAACCUUGUUUGAAUAUGACAAAUGGACUCAAAAUUACUGACAUGAAAUAUGCGGCAUGUUUUUUUUCUUUUUUUUGCUACCUUUCUUGUUUGCUUCGGCUGACAUGUAGAGGGGGCUAUAUGAGUUUGUUUACAUGAAGUUGUGAUGAUGUUCAAAUCUAAUUUAAAGUAAUGUAAACGAGUGAGUAGUUUUUCAUGAUGUUGAUGAUGAUUCUCUCAUUCGACGCAUUUGAUAGUCCAUUCUGUCCCCUCCACUUUUCACUGGUUUUUUAGUUAAUGAUUCAUUGAUGGAGAUAGAUUGGGUACAUUAACUAUUUUCUCAAUCG